AUGGUAGUGCAGAGCCCAGGCGACAUUAGCGAGCUUAUGGCUGGGGACAAACCGGCACCUACUGUAGAAGGACAUCUGACAUUUGGCAGCCUCCAUCGCUAUGUGUUCCUUGUUUACAAACAACCCAGUGGUCGUAUCAGUGACUCCGACCACGGCCACUUGACAAAUCGAUCAGGUGAUGGCCGUGGUGGUUUUAAGACAGAGAAAUUUGUUGCAAAACACAAGCUUGGCACGCCAAUUGCAGGAAAUUUCUACCAG